ACUGAGGCGCUAGCUAAAGGUUUCAACUUCGCGGUCGCACCAGGCCGCAUACCGGUUGAAAAUAUAAUUAGCAAUGUAGAAUCAGCCCUGAAUAGAAUAGACGACAAGGAGACGCAAGAGUCAAUUAGACAGGACAUUGCACACGUACUCAAAAAUGCAAAACCGCCGACCAGAAAUAUACCCCAUAAAGAAUACCAAGCACUGAAAAAUCUACGAGAGAAUGAGGAUAUCAUCAUCCUACCAGCAGACAAAGGCAAUGCAACAGUAGUGUUAAACACCAUAGAUUAUGAAUCCAAAAUGAUGAAACUACUAGAGGAUCCAGCCUACAAGAAAAUAGUUAGAGAUCCAACUACCUAUCUAGAGAAAACCACAAAAACUGCCAUCAAUAAUUCUCCUAUCGACGACGAAAUCAAAAGACAUCUGAUUCCAAGAGAGAAAUCAUCCAAGUGCCCUAAACUUUAUAUAUAUGUUAACUCGAAGAUUCUCACGGAUAAUAUAUGA